AUGAGAUAUGUGCUCUUCUCUUUGAGUGCCUUCGUGUUCUACGCGAUCUUUUACUUCUCGUACAUCAACGGCCUAGAUGCUCUUGGACACAAUUCCAUUGACUCGGGCAAGCUUCCCGGUGUCAAUGAGCCAUUGAGGACAGUAUACACGGGCCUCGAGCCAGUCGACAAUCUCUUGACUCUGUUGACAACAUUCUUUCAUCCAUCGCUUGAUGGGCAGAAUCCCGGACUCUUGCUCCACAGUAUUGCUUUCUCUGGGUCCUUUGGUGCAGCAUGGACCUUGGUCGUCUUGGAAUCAUGGAGAAAGGGCAAUGCUGGAACCGUUGCGGCAUAUCCUAUGGUAUUUGGUCUGGUUGCGCAAGUAUUCACUUUCGCCUUUGCUACCCCUUUGUUCCUGGGCCUUCAACUCGGCUGUUCAAUCACAGCCAGUCGGCCCCACGCAGACAACAUCCGCAUUCCACGCGCAGUUCUGGCAGCUCUACCAUUGAUAUUUGUCGUCGGAUUCAUGGUGCCAACUAAUAUGAUGGUUUUGCCUGCCCCGUCUGUGAUCUCAGUUGACUUCAAGCAACUUGCAAUUGCCAUCUGGCAGCCCUGGCCUGCCUAUGUUUCGGUCCUCGGUACCGCUGCUUACUACGUGCUGUCCCCUUUCUUCUCGAACAACCACCGGGCCUCUAUGUCUAGUCUGCGAUGGGUCUACGCAUUUGCCUUCAUCAACGCCUCACUGCCGCACCUUGUGUCAUUGGUAGUGUCAAUGGCAACUGUCAUCGUGCCUACGUUGUUCGACAAGCGUUUCCUGGAAUCGCUCCAUCCAGCAAGCGUCUUUUUCAUCCCACUUCCCUGGUCUGGGUUGAUGGUUGAUAAUGUUGGGCAUGGUAUCCAUGUCUUCCUUCGGUGGGAUUAUAUCAUUGGCACCAGUGGUGUCUUGCUCUGGGCUAUCUCUUUGUACAGUAUCGCACACAAGCAAAUACUCAGCACUGUUUCCUGGCCCAGCUUGCUAGUCAAGACUGCCGUUAUUACUGCUGUUGCUGGCCCUGUUGGUGCUGCAGUGGAGCUUGUCUGGGAGAGAGAUGAGCUGGUAUUCUCAGAGACAGGUGGUAACAACCAGCGAGUUUCAGUGGCGAAAAAGUCAAGAUAA